AUGACAUGCUUUUCAAAUUUAAAAUCUCUAAUUAUUUCUUGUCCAUAUGGUUUUCCAGAUGAAGAAUUAAAGUUAAUUUUUGCAAGUGAACAGUUUGAAAGUUUACAUUCAUUUCGAAUACUAGAAGCUGAAGUAGGUUGUGGAUCAAAUUCUCAUUUAUAUGAUUAUUAUCCUAGUCAAGAUUAUGUAUUUAAAAAUAUUUUUAAUAAGAAAACUUCUUUAAGAACAUUUGAAUAUUUAUUGAAAACAUCACCAUUGGUAAUACAUGAUACAAAUAUUUUCGAAACGAAUUCCAAUUUAUAUUCCUUAACAUUAAUAUUAAAAGAUUUUGAAGAUAUUUACUCAUUACUAUCAUAUACGCCAAAUUUAGAAUAUUUAUAUCUUCUAUCCGAACCACCUUAUCGACGCAUAAGAAUACUAUCAAAAUUUUCAUCAUCGCUAAUAUGUUUAUCACUUGAUUUAAAUGAAAUACAAAAUAAAACAGACGACUUUCCAUUGAAUCACAUAAAACUUAAAGAACUUUUAGAAAUAAUGAUAAAUCUUCAGAAAUUUCAUCUUCGUGCUUACGUAGCUGAUAAUGAAAUUGAUAAAAAUUUCAUUUUAUCGAAAUUUAAUGAUCCAUUUUGGUCUGAUCAUAACUGGUCAUUUGGAAUGAAUGAAUAUGUUCUCUUUACAUUACCAUAUCAAUUUGAUGACUUUGAGUGA